CCGCGGGAGCCGCGCCCGCCCGGGGCGCCGCCGGGGCUGGAGAAGGUUAAACUGUGCAACCAAUUCUUUAGGAAAUGGAAGAUGCGAGUGAUAGUUGCUUUGAAGUUCCACCAGAAGGCUCAGGUGCAGAGCAACCACCUGCAUCCUCACAGGGAAAUGCAGUCGGAGAGGCCGAGAAGCCUCUGCUUCCAGAAUCUUCAGGCCCUGUACAGUCAGAGGAGGGCUGCGAUCAGAUGCCUCCUCAGGAGCAGUCAAUUUUGGAGGAACAGAAGCAGUCAAGUUUAGCACAGUGGGAACAACCUGAAGAAGUGCAGAGGGAAGAACAAACUUCUCAAAACUCAGCGCUACCAGAGAAUACAGCAAGUGGGACAGUAACAGAAAACAUGACUGAGGAUAAUGAAACAAUUAGAAGGACUGGGCCUAACUUUGAGAAAACUAUGCAGUCUGAGAAUCAGGAACAUUUUCCUGGGAAAGUCGUUCAACAGGAUUACCACAUGCCUGAUGUCAUAACUGUCAGAGUACAAACAGAUUCUGAUUCAUUCCAAGAAGUAGUUGUAAAAAUUGAAAGACCUACCUAUAAUAAACCUUUUCUGGGUGGAUUUAGGAACAUGAGAACAGGAGUGGAAUUUCAUAACGCAGGAUCACAAACAAGAUGCAAAAAACGACCUAACAAAGGAACUCAGUCAUUUUGUAGGGAAACACAGACGGUUUGGGAAAAAAAUAAGCCACAACAAACAAGAAAUACAACAUCAACACAGAUGACUAAAAUUGGCCUUUAUGUGUCAAACAUGACUGACAAACUAAUAAGUCCUGGAAAGUAUUUUACAGCGGAAGAAUAUCAUAAACGUAGACUUGAAGCAGUAAUAGUAUUACAGAAAUAUUUCCGUCGUUGGCAUGCUAUAAAUGUGGUACAAAAUCUGAGGGAACAGAAGAGGUUAAGGCUGCUGUGGGAGGCACAUGAAGAAUUACGGAAAAAAAAUGAGAAAGAAGAAAAACUGAGAAGGGAGUACGAGCGAAAACUGAACCCUAAAACAAAGGAAGACUUUGAGCUACUGUACCAUGACUUGGAAUUAUGGAUGCAGGAGGAGACUGAGCGGAUUAACAGAACUCUUACUGGAGCUGAAAGAAAGGCAGCACUUUGUGCACUUCUGGAACAAGAGGCACAGCUCAUUGCUUGCUUUGGGAGACACAAACUAAAUGCCAAUGAGGAGAAUCAACACAAAGCAAUACUGCACCUUCUGGAUAAGUGUGCACAACCUAAGAGAUGGAAAGCAUAUGAUGGAAAAAUCACUGAAAUGGAUACACAGGACACGCUCCGUGCCAGAGAACUACUUGAAAUCUACCGCAGCAUUAGCACGAAGGACAUCCCAAAAGAUGAGAGAACAGAUGUGCUGUUAACACUCAGAUGUACAGUGAAGGAACAUGAAUGUAAAUUAACACAGGAAAUAGUGGAACUAAUUGACAGGGAAAUUGAUCUUAUAUCAAGAGAGGUGAAAGAAUGCAACUUAGAAGGACUGAGGAAAAGAAUUUGUACAUUAUUUCUUCAGUAUAUUAAAAUUCCAAAGGUUAACCCUAAAGUUGCUGGAUUACUUAAGGUUCCACAAGAUCCUUUAAAGCUUUAUAAAAAUGUGUACUUCUGUCAUAGCUGUGAAAAUUACUUACCAUCUACUGAGUUUCUUAUUCCUGCUAAUUCCCACACCAUUGGCAGAUGUCGCUUGUGUUACAAGCUUGAUAAUGAGGCUCGGCGAAGAGAAUCAUAUUUGAAGUACAGACUUAUUCUAGAAAAUCUCAGGAAGUCUGAAGCUGAUUAUCAGGAUGAUAGUCAAAUUGUUUUCUUAGUUCAGCUUACAGAUCUGCAGUACAUGAUUGAGAAUAUAUGGAACUGUCAGUCAGCUCUCAGUGCCUGGGGUGAACUGUAUGAUUUGGUUAUGGUCAGAUGGGAUAAGCAGCAUGAGUGGUCUCCAUGGAACACUAUUCUCCUCACUAAAGAAGAGGCAGAUGCACAUCUUAAGCUGUGUAAUCUUCAGGAGGCUUAUGAAGCUGCAUUUAUUUUCAGAAUAAAACAGAAGCAUAUCCGGGCAAAAAACUACUUUGCUCAGAUUCCAGCGAUGUCAUCAUUUUUGCAUAGGAGUGACAAUCAGGCUAAUGCAAGUUCCUACAAAACCCAUAAUUCUUCGAUGAAGUCUACUGAAGUUAAAGAAGUUCACUAAAUUAUUAAUACCAUUUCUUAGGUUUUAAAGAAAUACACAUUUUCAUCAAUACUUUAAAUAUAUUACAAUGAUCAAAAUAAACUUUUGAGGAUAAAAUAAUUUGAUCUAGAUGAGUUAAUAUAACUGCAUUUCAAGUUUUGUAACCUCAUUAUUUAAGAAAUGAAAUGUUUAUAAUAAGCUUUGUAAAUUCUAAAUUUUUAGAGCAAUGAUUCUUUUUCUGUAUGUGCCUGCGUUGCUUGGAACAUUCUGUCUAUAGUGUAAUAUACCUGUUGGGUGAAUUCUGUUAGUUCUUUGUCACCCUUUAAUUAGAAAAAUAAUACUGUAGCACUGUAUUAAAUUUAUUUUUCUCGUCUUAAGUAUGUAAGGCAGAAAACCCCUUGAACCCUGAAUUCCAGCAUGAGAACAGAAUAGAUAUACUCUUGCAAAUGUAGCUGCUUUGCCUGGCAAACAUUUGUGCAAAAGAAAACUUUAAUUUUUUAGCUCAUCUGGAUGGUCAUAGUGGAACCGCCAGCAUGUAAUUAUAUUAUGCAAGAUCUUGAAAUGAUUGUUAAUCAUACUUAUAAUUUGAAGUGCACAAUGCAGACUGUCUGGAACAUGCUUAUUUUUGAGGAGCUUGUGUUAUUUGAAGAACUAAAUUCCCUCCGUAAGUAAAAGUUUAUGUGUAUGUUUGAUUAUAGUUACAGAGAAAAACAUAAUAUGCUGUAAAUUCAAAAAGUCCUACAGAAAGUUGCAAGGUUCUGCUUGAAACCUCUAUUUUAGAGAUUAUUUUGACCCAGUCUUUUGCUCUGACAAAUGAAAGUGUUUAGGAAAAAGCAGUAACAUUUGAAAACCGAAAUAAGCAUAUAUUUGGCAGCAAACAGCUGAAAACUGUAUUGACUCCCUCAAAAGAACCUGAACUGUAGAACCAGUACUGGUCUGACUGUGAAUUUUAACAUCAGUGGAGCCUUUCCAUUGAUUUUACUAUUAAAUUCAGAUUCUGAAUUUUAGUUUAGUACUGAACUAGUUGUAGAAUUGGAGCACAUGAUCAUUACAGUGGACUUAUGUGCUUUCCAAGAUCUAAGCCUUAAGAUAGGAAUGGGUGCUAAUACUGAGUUUCCUCCAGAGUGAUAAAAAGAAUUUUGAAGUAAAUUAUGGUUGAAUGGCAGUAAAGAAAACAUGAGUCUCAUAGAUAGUAAUCUGCCUCUUUAUAAAUUUGUUACCUUUCUUAUCAAACAGAUUAUAAAAAAUGUACUUUACAACCCCAGCAGGAUGAUUUAAAUA